AUGCGCACUGCAUGGCUGGGCUUGGUUUCUGGGCGAAUCAACUCCCUGCACCAAUCAGAUGAGUCGCUGCAGCCCGGUGACAAUUUCGACGAGAUGACAAACGCCCAAGCAACUCUUAUCAAACUUGAGUCAGUCUGUAGAGCAAAUUGGCGCACCCAAGCUCAGGUAUACACGCACAUGCACGCGUGA